UCUCAGGUUGCUGCUAAGCUGCGGAGAGAUGGACUUUGCCCUGUCGCCUGGUGACUCUCCUUCAAGUUGCACUGAGCAUGCUCAGCAGCCUGGACAGGUUUGGGCGCCUGGCAGGUUGGGUGUCUUACCUGCAGUGUGGGGAGGGGGCAGAACCUGGGGGGCCAGUGAAUGAUCGUCAGGCCUGGGAUUCAGGGAGCCCGAGGGAGUGGCCUCAGCAGAGAUGUCAGGGCCCUCAGUGACCGUCACUGUCACCUACAACAAUGAAAAACAUAACAUUCAAGUUGUAGCACAGCAAGGAAACAAUGAACCAAGCCUUCAGGACAUGGCUCUUCUUAUUGAACAGGUUACCGGAGUUCCACUUGCUUUUCAGAAAUUAAUAUAUAAAGGAAAGUCUCUAAAAGAAAUGGAACAGCCAUUGUCAACACUUGGAGUGAAAAAUGGUUGCAGAGUGAUGUUGAUUGGGAAGAAGAACAGUCCAGAGGAAGAGGCUGAAUUAAAGAAAUUAAGAGACUUGGAGAAGUCAGUGGAGAAGGUUGCUGAUCAAUUAGUAGGUGUUAAUGAAGAACUUGUUGGUAUACAGAAGGGUUUUCUAGCCAAGGACUUACGAGCUGAAGCUCUCAACAAACUUGACAAGAGAUUAAAAGGAACUGUUGAGCAGUUUAUGAAGAUCUUGGAACAGAUUGAUUCAUUAACUUACAAUAACUACCAAGCCCCUCUUGCUGAGCAGGACUUCCAGUCCUCGACUCGCUCCUGUCCAACUCUCCUCCGUUGCUGCCUAUGCCCCAAAGUGACAGAAACCGUUUCACCUGGAUACCCGCCGACUCUUCCAGAAACUUUCAGAGACUGUAGACUGAAAAGAAAGGGAUUGGUGAAAAAGGUUCAGGCCUUCCUAGCUCAGUGUGACACUGUUGAAAGAAGUAUUGGACAAGAAACAGAUAAGCUGAAAUCAAAAAAUCUGGCCCUGGCUGAAUGAGAGUUCUGUAUAAAUUAGAGAGUAUGAUUGCUCUGAACACGAAGAAAAGUUUACUCUAUUUUGUAACACAUGUCUACCUUUAUUUUUAGAUCCUGCCUGUUUUACUGGUGCCCAUUGGGAGUUGUCUAAAUAUCAAAUUUAUUCCACAAACCCAUUCUCCAUAGGUCCUUGAAUUGUUUUUGUGUGUCCUGAUCCCAUACAUUCUUUUACUCUAUGUAGUUAUCCCUUUUCAGGCUUCCAGGGGACAACAGCGUUGCAGGAUGAUGGGAGAAAGGUUCCCCCCCCCCCAAAC